AUGGAGACGAACAAGUGUAUCGGAUGUGGUUCCAACACCAAUCUGGGGUUAAUCAACUGCAGGCACGAGAGUGUUUGCUUGAAAUGUGCCAAACCAAUGGCGGAAAGGAAAGAACAGUGUCGCGUUUGUGGAGUUGCAGUCACCAUUCUGCAUAAGGAAUUUGCUGUUCGUCUUUGCUCGGCCGACGAUAAGAAAAAGUACUUCGCUGGUUCAUUCAAGAAUGGUGCUCCGGAUCUCGCAAACGACCAUCAAUGGUCUCUGGUUAAACAAUCCCAAUCUUCUGAUGCUAAUGCGGAGGUGCUGAAUAAGGAUCCGUGGAUCUUGGAGAAUCAAGAAGGCAUCAAGUACAAAGGAAAUCUUGUUGGCAAAGCGAAACGCUUUUUCUUGCAGGAGGAGGAUGAUGGUUCUUCUGUGCUUAUUCCGUGUGAUAAUUGGUUUGGGUUUGAUCGAGUUCCUCCUCCCGGUACUCAGCGGCUGACGACUGAACAAGCAGAGCAGAUAAUGGACAAAAAGCGUAACCGAAUUGAAGAGACGAUUCAGAAACGCAAUAAGCGCAUGAGGACGACGGGCAAGGUCAUAAAGCCAACAACAUCCACAUCCACAUCCACAUCCACCGGUGAAACAGUUGAGAAAGGAGAGCCCUGGGAUCACGACGCAAGAUUCUCGGAUGACGAUGUUGGCAGCGAUAGUGAAGAAAGUAUUUCUGUUCCAAGUGCAAUCAAGGAGUUUGAAGAGAAAGACAAUGAGCCUUACCUUAGCAAUGCUGGAAGAGACCUGAAGAACAUACUCCGAAAGUAUGAUGAUGGAUCUGAUAAAGAUGAUGGAAAAGGAAGCGGGAGUACUGGAGGAGCCAGUACUAGUACUUGACAGAGGAUAUAGAAUACAUAAAUGGAGCCGAGGAGAC